AUGGAACCACAUCCCAGGAGCGUCGAAUAUUUGACUACAACACUGGACCCGCGGCAAAUCGCAGAGUUUCUUCGCCUCGAGAUGCCUAUUCGGUACGCUGAGCGCAUACGUGCUUUGGAGCAGGUGCCUCGGUGGCAAACGAUACCGGAUCUGGUCGACGUGCAUGAUAUUCACGUGGAGUCCUUCAAGUCGUUUCGCGUAUGUGAAGCAGACGAUUUUUCCGAAGUCACACACCAGGCGUUGCUCAGGGAGCAAACUAUUGUGGAGAAACUUGCGAAGUCAGUGCACCAUCUCCGUGACGAUGCCGGUGCUGGCGUGACCGAUGAUUCUGUGUCUAAGUUCUUGGACGAUUUCCUGUUAAACCGCAUCGGAUGCCAAGUUUUGCUGGGACACUACUUGGCUUGUCGUGCAGGUCAGCAGAAUGGUAUCAUCGACCCUCGGUGUGAUACCAGACGAGUGUGCCGUACAGCUGCGGAGGCUGUGCUGGAUAUGUGCUGGGAGUGCACGGGGAGAAGACCUUCGGUCUUUGUCAACGCGCAUUCGGCUUGUGGCGGCAAGGGCGCGGAUGAUGGUCAAGUUGCGCGCUUCCCUUACAUGCCACAUGUAUUGAAGUACAUUGUCAGCGAGCUGCUCAAGAACAGUUGUCGUGCAACGACGGACAUGCUGAGUGCUCAUGAUUUAGAAGCGGCUGACUUUCCCAUCAACGUGAUUAUUUGCGCGGACGAAGACCACGUGACAAUAUGCGCGGCUGAUCAAGCGGGUGGUAUUCCACGUGAAGCGAACCCGUGGUCAUACUUGUACACUACAGCAGAGGAUGGCGCCUAUGGUGGCACAAAGAAGCUUGCUGGUCAUGGAGUAGGUCUCCCCUUGUCGCGAUUGUACGCAAGAUACCUCCAUGGCUCGCUUGACUUGGUGUCCUUGCCUGGAUACGGGACGCACGCGUACGUCAACCUGCCUAGAGUUGAAUCCCAGCAAGUAGAAGUGGUGCCAGAUGCGGACUACGAGUACGACUAUGCGAAUCUGCUGGACUUUACUGUGUGA